GCUGUCCCCUCACCCCUGCGACAACUCUCCCCACCUGUGCAUGCUCCGCUGUAGCGCUGUUCCGCCCUUUGUUUUACUUUAGAGAAAGGAAAAUAAGGCACGGUCUGGGGAAAAGGACACCCCCUAUCUUGUCCCCAUACCACAGCUAACCUAACCAAACCAUACCUCCUCCCCGCUACGUUCUGUCAGUCCACUCACGCUAUAGCGGAGGGCAGUGCCAGGAAACUCGCUCACCCCCCUAGCGGACAGCUACCACAUCGCCAGCACCGCCCCGCUCUCGGUGUAGCUUGAGCGGCUGCGUAGUCCCACCUCCUGUCCUGCUCCGAGUGGCUGGCGGCGCUUAGGCGUGUUUCUCAUUGGGCCUGGUGGUGGCCGGGCUGUGUUUGGUAGGUUCCGCUGUGCCCAGAUGUUGGGCUAGUGGUGGAGGCUAGUUGCUGUGGGGAUAGGUUUGUCGUGAAAGAGCUGGACGGAGUGCGGGAGGCGAGUUACCAAGUGCAGCCUGUGCUUUGUCAGGACCUCGUUUAGAGUCUCCAUGUUGUCCCAUCUGCCUGAUCUGAGAAAAAGUUGGGGAUACUCUGUUUGGGCUGUGUGUUUCUAAUAAGCUUUUGUUUGUGACUCUGAAAAAAGCAGGUCUGUAUCCUUCAAGAAAGAGGUACAGACUAAAUGGAUUUAAAGACAGCAGUGUUCAAUGCAGCUUGUGAUGGCAAGCUGCGGCUCCUUUCCAAGUUACUUGCAAGCAAAACUAGAGAAGAGGUGGCCUUACUAAUCUCAGAAAAAACCAAUGGUGCCACACCACUUUUGAUGGCAGCCCGUUAUGGGCACGUUGACAUGGUGGAAUACUUGUUGGACUGUUGCUCUGCUUCUAUAGAAAUUGGUGGUUCAGUUAAUUUUGAUGGUGAGACCAUUGAGGGAGCUCCACCAUUAUGGGCAGCAUCAGCUGCUGGCCACUUGAAGGUGGUUCAGUGUCUGUUAGAUCAUGGUGCAUCUGUCAAUAACACAACUCUAACAAGUUCAACUCCGCUUAGAGCUGCCUGUUUUGAUGGUCACCUGGAAAUAGUAAAAUAUCUUGUGGAGCACAAAGCAGACUUGGAAGUAUCAAACCGUCAUGGGCAUACGUGCUUGAUGAUCUCAUGUUACAAAGGCCACAAAGAAAUUGCUCAGUAUUUACUUGAAAAAGGAGCUGAUGUUAACAGAAAAAGUGUUAAAGGAAACACUGCGUUACAUGACUGUGCAGAAUCUGGAAGUUUAGAGAUCAUGAAGAUGCUUCUCAAGUAUUGUGCUAAGAUGGAAAAGGAUGGCUAUGGAAUGACUCCUCUUCUGUCAGCCAGUGUGACGGGCCACACAAAUAUUGUGGACUUCCUGACCCAACAUGAACAGACCAGUAAGAUAGAAUGUAUAAAUGCUCUGGAACUUCUAGGAGCAACAUUUGUGGACAAAAAGAGAGAUCUGCUUGGCGCUUUGAAAUACUGGAAGCGAGCUAUGGAAAUGAGAUACAGUGAUAGGACUAGUAUCCUGAACAAACCUGUGCCACAAACACUAAUUAUGGCCUAUGAUUAUGCUAAAGAGGUAAACAGCUCAGAAGAGCUAGAAAAUCUUAUUGCAGACCCUGAUGAGAUGAGAAUGCAAGCACUAUUAAUUAGGGAACGUAUUCUUGGUCCUUCUCACCCAGAUACAUCCUACUAUAUUAGAUAUAGAGGUGCUGUCUAUGCAGACUCUGGAAACUUUAAGCAAUGCAUCAACUUAUGGAAAUAUGCUUUGGACAUGCAGCAGAGCAAUCUAGAUCCACUGAGCCCUAUGACAGCGAGCAGUUUACUAUCGUUUGUUGAACUCUUCUCCUUCAUGCUGCAGGACAGGGCAAAAGGCCUGCUAGGAAGUACUGUUACAUUUGAUGAUCUCAUGGGUAUACUGUGCAAAAGUGUUCUGGAAAUAGAGCGGGCUGUGAAGCAAAUCCAGUGCCCUCCUGAUCCAAUACAACUGAACAAAGCCCUUUCUAUCAUUUUGCAUUUAAUUUGCUUGUUGGAAAAAGUACCUUGCAGCUCAGAACAGGAGCAUUUUAAGAAACAGACUAUUUACAAGUUUCUUAAGCUUCAGCCUAGAGGGAAGAAUAACUUCAGUCCACUUCACCUUGCUGUUGACAAGAAUACUACAUGUGUGGGCCGCUACCCAGUUUGUAAAUUCCCCUCUCUACAAGUUACUGCUGUCCUGGUGGAAUGUGGUGCUAAUAUAAAUGUCAGAGACUCAGAUAACAACAGUCCUUUACAUAUUGCUGCGCUGAACAAUCAUCCAGGCAUCAUGAAUUUUCUUAUCAAGUCAGGUUCGCACUUUGAUGCCACAAACUCACAUAAACAAACUGCUAGUGAUUUGCUGGAUGAGAAGAAAAUGGCAAAAAACUUAAUCCAGCCUAUAAAUCAUACUACGUUGCAGUGUCUUGCUGCUCGUGUUAUAGUGAAUCAUAACAUAUGCUAUGCAGGACACAUUCCUGAAAAACUAGAGAAAUUUGUUUUGCUCCAUGGAUAGUGUGCAGUCCCAGAGUGCUGUUGUUGAAGCAUGACUUGGUGGCAAUGUUGUGAUAGACCAGUAUUCCCUUACUUUGCCUCAUCUUGCUCUCACUAGCUAAAGCAUUGUUAGCAUCGCAUCUGUAGAGUUGGUUAACCAAUAUUUGAAUAUGCCAUAUAUUAUAUUUUGUGGAUUAUUUAGAAAUAAUGUGCCAUAUUUAGACUCUUAAAUUGUUGGCCAGAGGCUUGUCUAUUCUGAUCUUAUGUGCCUGUUGGAUGUUUAGAACUGAGUUGAAUAUUUCCCACUGAUGUCUUUUUGCUACAACUGUUGUGUGGAUUUUAUACAGUUGAAGGGCCAUCUUUUUUGGUUUUGCUUGAGUAUUUCUACUCUUACUCUAUUCUUUUUCUAUGGACUUGUUAAACCGUGCAAGUUGUAUAGACUUGUUAGCAUUGGCAACUACCAUAAGUGCUUUUUAUCUUCUCUAUGCACUGAUUUAAAUGUGACUUGUGUGUGUGUGAACAUAUUUUUGUGCAGCAGUUGGCCAAUUUCAGUUUAAAUGCCCAUUUUGAUUUGCAGUUCUGUUUGGAGCUCUUUUUGAGAAUGCUGCCUUCGUAACAUGACAAAUUUUGGGGCUACAUAUCACCUUUCUGAACUGGGGUUUAACUGUUUUAUUCUAGCUGUAACUGAUGUUGCUUUCCUCUUGAACCUCUGGAAAUCUGUGCUAAAUUUGGGAGAAGGAAAAAUCUCUCUUGUUCUCGUGGUAAUCCACUUGAAUUUUUAAUCUGAUAAUUGUUCUCUCACAUCAUGCAGUUAGGGGAAGAGUCCUCUUCAUGUACAACUGACAGCUUUCCUUUUGCAGUAAUGUCUUGCUUGUGUUGAUUAUGUGACUAGAUGUAAAGUUUGUUCAAUGUUGAACCUCAAACUUAAUGAUACAGUCUAAUGAGGAAAUAGAUUAAAUGUAUGUCAUAGUUUAAAUUUACAAAUCAACUUCUUAAGCUACAAAAGAAACUAAAGCACAUUGGUGAUGUGAUGCUUAUCAGUCCAGUAAUAUAGGCAUCAUUAUGACAUAGUAAAUGAAUGUAUGCCAGAGUAACAGAAAUUCUAUAGCAGUGUCCUCUUCUUGAUUUUAAAUCUCUUUAUAAAUGCAUGGUUUUUCCAUCUCUUUUAUCUGUCAGCUGUACUGAAAGAUAAAGCAGUUCUGUUGUGUAUAUAUAGCUCCUAAUCAAACUUACCUAUUUUUAUACUUGCAUAAUAGCUUAACUUUUACAAUGGAAAGGGCUCUUUUGACUUGUUAAGAAUUCUAUAAAAUAAUUUCAUAAAUGAGAGUGAAAUUCAGGUAUUUAAUAUAAACAAGCACUUUACUGUUCAUUAACAGUAGAAUUUAUUAUGGUACAUUAGCCCUGCAAAUGUCUAAGUGAAAAUACUUGUGUUGAGUAGAAUACAGUUUACCUGCAAAUUUAGUAUUCUAGCAUAUUGGAUAUUGUUGACUUGAUGAUUCAUUUAAUUUCAUUUUAUUUCAGUGAUGGGCAGUAAAUGGGUUUCUUGUUCCAGAAACUCAACAAGUUGAUUUAGGCUUUUGUUGUUGGUAGAGAUAUUUAAAAGCCAAAUUAAGUAGAUAAAGGGGGGAAAAAUUUAGGAGGGUUUUUUUAUAUUUGAUGUUGAAGCAUUUUUCUUUUUUUGGUUAAGUUGAUGAUGAAUGUCUUGACUAUAAAAAAGUAUAUAUAUUAAAAAAAGUUCAUCCUUGCUGCUUGGCUGUUUCAGGGUUUCUCUUGGUGUACAGUAACAAACUUAGCCAUUCUUGGGGAAAAUAUUGGGAUACUUUUAAACAAAGAUAUGUUGAAAGUAGUGCUGUUAGUAUAGUGCCACUUUCAAACUCAUUUUGAAACAACUUUCACCUGUUUGUCCCAUGGCAUACCCGUAUCGUAUGAAAUUCUGAGUAUAAGAAAAUCCUAUUUGUUUCUCUUGCAAAUGUGCAGCAGUAAACUUCUAUUAAAUUGGCUGACUUUUUUCUGAUUUGUAAUUAUUAAACUACAUGCCACCCAAGUUGUUAUUUGUGAGAACAAGUAGUUUGAUUUUGUAUUUCUUAUUUUUUAUAUGCUUCUCUACUAAGCUGGUGUAAUCAACAAAUCAUACCAUGCUAGAAAUGUUCCUCGUUAUAUUUCAAGUAAUAAAAAUAGUCUUCUUUCUAUAGGUCACAGAGAAAGGGAUUUUUUGAUCACUGUUUUAUACUCUGGAAUCUGUACAGCUCUUUAGUGCUUGCAAUUUGAAUUUGUCUUUAUAACUGUGUAAUAGUCUGUUUAAAAUUAUUUAGAGAUUAUUAGUACAGAAAUAGAACUAAAAAAAUAUGGGGUUAUGUCCUGCUAUUAUUAGCAAAGUUCAGAAAACACCCCAGAAACGAAAGCAUAUUGCUAUCUAAUACAUAUCUAGUAAAUUAGUGAAAAUUGCCAGGCCUUACAGGGCUUAUUGUUAGCUACUUGGGUUUGGGGGUUUUCUGUUUGUUUUUAACUUACAAAGUAAUGAUUUACUGUUGUAAUUCUGUCUAAAUAUCUACUGAUACACAUCAAUCCUAAAUAUUAUCACCUAUGUUCAGCAUUUAAUUUUGCAAAAUAAUGAGGCUAUCUGCUGAAUUCUUAACUGAUUAUGUCAGAUAUUCAAGUUUAGGUGACUAGAUGGAUAAAUAAUGCAUUUAAUUCCACUUUCUAUUUAACCCUGAACGUGUACAUUACCUCAUUUAAUUUUUGCUUCAUUUUAAAAUAAACCUGUACAGAGCCUAUGUUGGGUUAUGUGUUAAGGAUUAGUUAAAGAUUUACUGAUUGGGGAAGAGGGUAAGGACAGUAGGCCCUGUCUGAGAUGUCUGUGCCACUAUGGUCAUUGCUAAUGGGUACUAGCCCCUCAGUCACUAAUUCAAACCAUGAAUGUCUCCACUUAAGUAUAGAUAUCAACUUUCUGGAAUAGAAGUUUUGUAUGGGUUUGUUUUUGUUUUUUUUUUUGUUCUGUUUUGUUUUUCUUAUUAUUUCUUAUUCUUAUUUCCCAUUCAGAGAUGGGAAUAAGACUAUUUUAGUGAAACAUGUUGAUGCUAAAUGCAAUAGUGUUGCUAGCUAAACACAAACUGCAGUAAGGACAAGAAACUAAAGAGCAUUCAUAAAACACAAAACUGUUAUCCUUUUUUUGUCAUAUUAACUCAUUAUUUUUCCUUUCUUUUUUUUAAUUAAAAGUACUUUUUCAGAGCUCCCAGCCCAUAAAGAUAUUGAGAACAUUGAGGAAAAAAUUGUAUGCCCUGUGGGGGUGAAAUAGAUAUAAAAAUUGAUUAAAUAAUUUGCAGGUAUGUAUUUUUAAAGACAAGGAUACUGAUACCCCCUUGCUUGUUGAGACCUCUGAAGUUGGAUUUAUUUUUUAAUAAAUACUCAAAGCAUUCUUCCUUCUAAUUUUCUUGGGCUUCCACUGAAGUACUUCAGCCAGGAAGAUGAAAAGUAUUGUAGUUUAAAAAAGUUGUCCUUGCCAAAUCCUAAAACUAGAUUUCCAUUUUUAUAUCACUUAUGUCAGUAACAAGAUUCCAGCUGUCUGUGGUGUCUCUGAGGUUCUGAUUGUUAAGCACAUGGUAUAAAGGCACUUUUUAAAAUGCAAGGCAACAGUGUGGUUAUUUUUUCCAUGUAUACUCUGCAGCAGUCCUUGGAUAGGAGGUAUUUUUAUAUAUUACCUAAAUACCAAAAGUUCUCUUAACAGUUGUUUUGAAAAUGGUUGAAAUUAAGACAGCAUUUUAAAAAGUGGAGUUUAUAGAAGAAAUGGAAUGCUGUAGCAAAAUUCUUACAAAAGGAUAAAAACCUUAAUAGGAAAGACAUGUGCCUCUUCUCAGUUUCACAUCAACUGUAAGUUAAUAGUGGCAGGAUAUGGCUACUCUGGAAAUAGCUUUCUUGUGCUUUGAAUUAUAGAGUGGGAUACCUGCUAUGCUCUAAAAUAUUGAAAAAUGUGAGUACAAAGACUUAACACUAAUUUGUGUUCUGUGACUACAAUGAAGUGGUAUUUAAUGCUUCAAAGUAACUUUGAGGAAUGUGAUGGAGACAUACUAGAUUAAAUAUAGUUUGUUUUAUAUUGUUCAAAUCUCUUUGCUUUGGGUGUGCAAGUAAUUGUUGAACCCUCAGUGAGCAGAAUGAGAAGUUAAUUGUUUGUUUGGUUUUAACUCUGUGUUCCAUUCUACCACAAAGACUUCCUGUGCAGGGAAAUUCCAUGUAAUUGAAAUAUUUCAAUUAUAAAUUCAAAUAUAUCAAUUCCGUGUAUUGAAAUACUGCAUUUUCUACUUAAUUUAGCUUCAAUAUUUUUUUUUAAAAAGGAGUAACAAAUAUAUCUCUCUGCUCUUACUCUUUAUGCUCCAAAUGCAGAUUACAUUAAAAAUGUUUUGGAUAACACCUGUCUGAGUCUAUAUAUCUGUUUUCUUUAGGGUUACUGUAAUACUGAUUGCUAAACCUCUUUUUCAGUUGAGUAUGAAUAGUUAAAUGUGAAUGCUGUAGCUUUAGACUUUGAUUAUCUUGUUAAUUAUUAUACCCUAAACAGACUAUCAUGUUUCAUUCUCUUACUAUGAAAUGAUGGUCCAGCUAAACCUUUCAAAUCUGGUGAUGGGCAGUAGUAAGGAAAAGGUUUAAACUAGAGGAUUACAGGAGACACUUUCACAGUUUUUCUAGAAAAUGCAGUUGGUCAUGCUAUUAACUCUGUUAAAACCUAGUAGUGUUUGUUUAUAGCAUAAACAAAAGUAACUAGUAAGAUCUUGUAAUAAAUAAGCAACAGAUGCUUUUCCAAGAAAGUUGCACAAAUUAUUUUUUAUAGCUUUUGAAGUCUCUUACCAUUGCUUCCAUAAUUUAAAAAGAGAAAAAGAAAUACUCUAAGGAUUAAAGAAUUAUGGCAAGAUCCUUAUUAAAGACUUCUUCAAAAGUCUUAUGUUCUAUAGAACAUUACCAUCAGAAUUUUGAGAUCUUUAUAGUUAGAGCAGUAGUCAUAAUAUACUUAAAAGGCAGUGUAGACUUCAGAGUUUAUCUAGAUUUAUUCUUCACUGGUAACAAACAGCAUCAAGAAGAUGAGGCACUGGAUGAGGAAAAUUGGUCCAGAGCUUUCACAGUAAGAUAAUUGUUGCAUAGAUGACUUACUGAAUCAAGUAUAGAUUCUCUUAAUUAGGAAAAAAAAAAGAACUUCAAAGAAUCACGUAAUUAUUCAUCUCUCUGCAGUUGCAGGUGAUGAUAGAUGUUUAGAUAUGCAGCAGAAACUUCUGGACUAUGCCUAUGCAAAAUCUGUCAUCUCUCCAUGCCUGGGAUUAAUUUUCCAACUCCCUGAUUUUUCUUUGUGCGGAAGUGUUUCUCCAGCUGUGAUGACUUAGAAUCAUAGAAUGAUAAAGAUCUUUUCCAACCUAAACAAUUUUAAGAUUAAGUCCAACUGUUAACCUAACACUGUGAAGUCCACCACUGUGGAUAACUGGCUAGCUGAAAAAGUUCACAUAGACAUAGUCCAGCUGGCUGGACAAAAAUGCACAUCGCUCUCAUCUUAUCUGAAGUAAAGCAAAAGUUACACAAUAACAGGAAGAUUGCAGUGGGAAAAGAAUGUUGCAGGUGGGAACAGAUAACUACAGAAGAGAAACUAGGGGCGGACUUGAUAUUUAGGUAACUAACCAAUAAUGAGCUUAACUUUUGUAAUAUGUAUGAGCUAAUUAUAACAAGGCAUAAAAGGUGACUGUAAGAGACAAUAAACGAAGUCUGCUGAUCACUCAUACUGAGUGGCUGUGUCUUCCCUCCGUCGUGACACACCACUAAAUCAUGUUCUUAAGUGCCACAUCCACACAUCCUUUAAAUACCUCCAGGGACAGUGACUCAACCACUUCCCUGGGCAGCCUCUUCCAGUGCUUGACCCACCCUUUCAGUGAUGACGUUUUUCCUAAUAUCCAGUCUAAACCUCCCCUAGCACAACUUGAGGCUGUUUCCUCUUGUCCUGUUGUCUGUUUCUUGGGAGAAGAGACUGACACCCACCUGUCUACAACCUUCUUUCAGGUAGCUAUAGAGGGCAAUAAGGUCUCCCCUGAGCCUCCUUUUCUCCAGACUAAACAACCCCAGUUCCCUCAGCUGCUCCUCAUAAGACUUGUGCUCCAGACCCUUCACCAGCUUCAUUGCCCUUCUUUGGACACACUCUAGCACCUCAAUAUCCCUGUUGUAGUGAGGGGCCCAAAGCCACAGUAUUCAAGGUGUGGCCUCACCAGUGCCAAGUACAGGGGGAUGAUCACUCCCCUUGUCCUGCUGGCCACACUGUUUCAGAUACAAGCCAGGAUUCUAUUGGCCUUGGCCACCUGGGCACUCUGCUGGCUCAUGUUCAGCCUGCUGUCAACCAACACCCCCAGGUCCUGUUCUGCCAGGCAGUCUUCCAGCCACUCUUCCCCAAGACUGUAGCAUUGAGUAGAGUUGUUGUGACUCAAGUGCAGGACCUGGCACUUCUCCUUGUUGAAUCUCAUAGAGUUGGUCUCUGCCCAUUGAUCCAGCCUGUACAGAUCCCUCUGUAGAGCCUUCUAAAAACAUUUUUUUCCCUCCCUGUUGGGGAAGAGAUUGCCUUCACUUGCCUUUAUCCUCACUGAACUUAGCUGUCCACUCUGCCUUUUCCAUCUGCCCUUGUGUUGCAAUCAUAGUUGGAAUCAGCUGCCAAACAAGUCAGCCCCUUUCUGCCAGUGAUGUGUAGUUCUUCGUGAAAGUCUGGUACAGAGGAUGAGGAAUGGUAGCUAUUCAAACAUCAAAACCUAUGAGUUCAAAUUUCCCUCCACCUCUGAUGACCUUUUUUUAGCCAUUCCAUUGUUGUUUCUCAUUGUGUUCUCUGUGCCUUUACUGUUCCCAAUUGCUCCCAGGUGUUUCCCAUUUCCCAAUCUUCCUCUGCCACAUCUGGACUGACUCCAGGCCCAUGUUGAAAUGGGAAGCACUUGCCAUGCCUUAAGCAGUUUGUGCUAUUUCUAAAUGGUAUUAGGAAGAGAGAAUUGGAAGAAAUGUAGGGUUCAGCUUGCUUGUCUAUUAUUCAUUUGCCUGGUUCUUCAAAGUAAAGAUGCUUAUGUUGUUGCUUAGUCUCCUCAUUAAUGUGAAAUGUAGUCUUUCCUAUUCACUCUAUGCAACAUAUUAUGUCUUAGGUGAGGUUGUGGAUGAGUACUAUGCAGUUGUUGUUGAUGUAAGCUGUUAUAAGUCUAAGCAAAUCUCAUCAUAGAAUCAGUAACACUAAUAUUUUUUUUCCCAUGCAGAAGUUACUUAAAAGCUUUGCAUUUGUUUAAGCACCUUUUUCAUAUGCUUUGGUUCUUUGAAACAUGCUGUCUUUAUGAUUUGUGGCUUCUGAAAAAUUUUCCUUUAAUGUGUCACUUCUCCAGUGUCUUCCUAAGUUACACUAGUUUAUCCACCAGGUUGCUGUUUCAUGCUGCUGCUAAAAGGCCCCUUCCUUCCCCUGUACACAGCAGCCAUCGCCUUCAUGCCCGCCUUGAUCCUUCUGUCAACAAUAUCAAUAAGGGCAGGGGGCAGUGAAUGUGGAGAGCAAGCUAUAUAGAAGGCAACAGGUGUGGGUAUUUCUUGAGCUAGCUCUACGGUGUCAGUGAGCAAAAACCGAUCUUGGGAGAGAGACACAGUUAUGCUUGUUGGAAGGAAGCCAUGGGAGCAAGAAGAGAAACUUUUAAGAUACGGAGUAGUCUGCAGAGCUUGUGGCCUUGUAGAUAAAGGGAGUUGCUAAGUUGCUGUGUCUGCAAUAGAAAAAAGAGCUAAGAGUGGAAAAUUACUGAGCAUAGUUACAAGCUGACACAUCAGCCCCUUGUAAAGGUAUAAAAAGCUUGCUUGAUUUUAAUAAAGUGUCUUUGAGUGUCUUCGAUCUGCUCUCAGAGUCUGUGCAUCAUAUGCCACAAAUAGGUGCUCCUGUUCUCCAGAGGCAAGAAGCAGUGUGUUGAUCUAGGCAGCUGCCUACUUUGAGUUGAGUUAUGAUCAGGAGCUAGGAUGAGCAUCAGUCUAGGUGCCUGAAUGUAUUGUUCUAAUCAUAAAUGGUACAGAGACAAGCUGGUGGGGUGCCACUCUUUCUUGAUAAUUCCUUGAAAACCGUGCUCCAUUUAGUCUUCAACAGUGUAAUGUUUUUCUACGCUGGCAGAAAAUAUCCAGGAAAAAAAGUUCUCGGUGAUGAAAGAAGGGCAUGCUGCUGCUGCAAAACCAGACUAAUUUACAAGGUAAUGGUAAAUUUUAUUUGGGGGUGAUGGUGGUGGUGAGAAGAUGUUAGAACAGUCAGUAGGAAAACAAAGUAUCCUUACUAUAUUGGUGGCAAAAAGCAAUGCAAGGCAACUACUAUAAAUAAAGUAUCAGUGGCUGUACUCACAUUUCAUAAACUCCCAGGUUAGAAAAGAAAUCUGAAAUAACACUUCAGUAAUGUUAGCAAACUUCAACCUCAGGAAAAGAAACAAGUAGAGAUGGUAGGUUUUUUUCUUUCUAGUAGUUAAGAAUUUACGCAUAGUCAUUGAAGUAUUCCCUGACAUGGUGCUGAAAAUUUCUGUGAUCUCCUUCUGUGCUUGAUGUGAAGUCACUGAAGUGUCUUCUAUAAAAGGCUUCUCAGUACAAACUUUGUAUCUUCUAGGCAGAGUUAAUCAGCACUGUCCAGUCUUCAGCAAUCUACUUGGAUAAAAGAGAACUCUUGAAGUGAGGAAAUACUCCAACAUGGACAGAAACAAACAAAAAAAUGUUCUAGGGAUUGUGCAACAAUAUCAGAAAACUAAAGAGCAACUUGAUGCUGAAUAAAUUCUUGUUCAAGAAAGUAACUUCACAAACUGGGAAGGAAUGCACAUCCUUUUCUCAACUCAAGAAUUCUUUCUUGACAACUGAAAUAACCCAUUUCCUUUAUCUGUAAAAAAUAAAGACCUCAAGAAGAAAAUGUUAAGUGAUAUUGUCUAUAUCUUUUAUUAUUAUUAUAUGUUUUUUGAAAGAUGGCUGAUGCUUCUCCUUCCAAUAAAGGAUUUCUUAGCUUACA